AGAUGGCGCAGUUAAUUAGGUUUUAGCGUGGGUCUGGCCAAGGCCCGAAUAAAGGUAAAGGUGCAGCUAUAGUUGCCAGUUCUCGUGUGAAGCCAGGUUGGAGGCGUGUCUGCCCUCUCGACAAAAAUCUUCAUCUGGACACGCCUCGUCGUCACAUAAGCUUUAUUAAACGCAAGCUAGCAUAAAUGCUUUCCCUUGCUACUACUGUCAUUAAACGCACCCGCGUAGAAUAUUGUGUGAGGUUGAUCCACUCGUCUUCGUUUGUCAAAAUGCCGAUUAAGGUGGGCGACUCUCUUCCUGCAGUGCAAGUCCAAGAAGGUGAGCCAGGAAAUAAAGUGGCAAUGGAUCAACUCUUCAAAGGGAAGAAAGGCAUCCUCUUUGCUGUACCAGGAGCUUUCACCCCUGGCUGCUCCCAGACUCACCUCCCAGGUUUUGUGCAGCAGGCAGCAGAUUUGAGGAGUAAAGGCAUACAGGAGGUGGCCUGUGUGUCUGUGAAUGACGCUUUUGUCAUGGCUGCCUGGGGAAAGGAGCAUGGAGCAGAUGGCAAGGUUCGAAUGCUGGCUGAUCCGACUGGAGCAUUCACAAAGGCUGUGGACUUGUUACUUGACAGUGAUCAGAUUGCGCAGGUACUUGGAAACAAGAGAUCGAAGAGAUAUGCAAUGCUGGUGGAAGAUGGAGUUGUGAAGAAGAUCAAUGUGGAGCCAGACGGCACAGGGCUGACCUGCAGCCUGGCGCCCACUAUCAUGUCUGAACUUUAAGACUCUUUUCGAACUUGUCUUCCAAACUAUAAAAGUUGCACUAACUAGUCCAAAUCUGCUACAGUGCUUCUCCCAUAUCCCAAAGAGUACCACAAAUGUUACAUGAGUGUUAGCUUAAAAAUGGAGACGCACGGUCAUUAAUGCGCACAAAUAUGACAGAGAAGAUUAUGCAAACUUUAAUUAUGCUUUGUGCUGUUCUUGGUCAUGAAUAAAAAUUCCCGAACAGUGA